AUGCGAGGCCGCAAAACACGUUGGAUUUGGUUCCACUGUAGUGGGGAAAGAAUGUAAGACUUUUUACCUGGAAUGAAUUUGAGAUUUCAAUGCCUACCGUUGUUUUCUAGAGUCGAGAUGCCAGAGGAAGGUGUCCUGAACCAAAACGGGGAUUUGUUCCACCACGCGGCGCCGUUGAAACUUCUCCCUGAGCACGUUGAGCGCUUGCAUGAAUAUGGUCGAAAUCCCCCACAACAUGAAAUGAUAAAAGGAUUUUUGAAGGCAUUCGGCACUUGCCUUACAAGAAUUUCACACCAGAGGAAGAUCAGAUCAUCGCCGAAAACUGGAGUAGGUUUGCGACGGAGCACAAGCUACCGAAGGCAGACGCCAGAUUUUACGCCGGCCUUGUCCCACACAGACUGUCGAUUAGAGAAGUGAUUUGAUGCCAGCAAAAUUGUAAUCUCAGAAAUAUUACAGGCGAAACUUCUUCAACCUUUUAAAAAAGUUUUUUUUUAAUUGGCUGCGCUUUCAGAAAGAUAGUUUAUUCAUUCCGCGCCAGUUUGUCACGGUUUUGUUUCUCUGCGAGCACAGAGUUAACCAGUGCGCAUGCCCCUUUUAUUUGGCUUGAAAAUUAAGUUAUAAUAAAGGCGCAUGUAUAGAUAAAGACCGCGCGCGUCGAAGGGAUUGGUUCUGUAGCUCAGAGGACAAUGAAAACCAUGACAAGCUGGCGCGGAAUGAGUUAUACAGUGAACAUUUUCAAAAAAAAAAGGAAUUUUUGAAACACCUCAUAAGAAAAAAAUUUUUUUUCCCUUGACUCCCUUAACAAAAUUUUAUGAACAAACCAAUUAAUUUGUAGUUCAGGUGAAAAAAAAGAAAGCGCAAGAUUCACAGAUGAUGGCUCUUGGCAUGUGGCCUCAACUUUGUAACACUUCCUUGUUCUUCUUCAAUUUCCUUUGGUUUGAGGCAAAAACCUGGAGCACCGCAGCGCGUCUCAGGUUCAGCGAAGGGCGGUUCUGACGCUGGACCCGAACUACUGCGCGAAACGUGGCCGCAUCCCCGAAGAAGUUCUAACAAAAGCCCUCGAACUCCAUGAGGACCGUUUGGGGUACUUUGAAAUCGCUGAGGAACUUCGUGUACCUUACAUUCAUUUUGUAUCCGCCUUCCGUAGAAAAUUGUCCGAGGUCGCUACAAGUCAGGUGGGAAUCAACAUGAGAAAGUCGAAACAUUGACAAAAAAAAACCUUUGAAGAAAAUCGAGCUCCGAAAUUUCUGCAACAAACUUGAGCUUUUUUUUUUAAAUUUACAGACAAAAACUGUUUCUAUUGAUAGACGCUAGAACGACUUUUGGGAAGCAACUCCUGCCAGUUUUCCUUUCUCUUUUCGAAAACCCGCAAAUAAACUCAUUUGAAAAAGCUUUCAGAAAGAACCGUCGACGUCAAAUCCAGUUGAGGUAGACAUUGUUCGCCGCAAAAGCUGGAGGAGCUUUUUUGGUUGGUCUUGAACCCACGAUUUUUGCCGAUAUCACAAAGCUGUUGCUGUGCAACUAUUAUAAUGAUCACUUGGAAAAAGUAAUUUUCAGAGGACACUAUGAACAGAGCUACGCCUUCUGAAGCUGCGAUCUCGAGACUUUUAGCUAGAGGAGAAACAGAAGAAGCUUUCAACAAAAUAUCACGUAUCGAUUGGUCUUAUUUAAUACAAAAAUACAAGAGAACUGAGGAGCAGUUGAAAAAGCAGAUGUGAGUUGUGACAAUCGGUAAAAUGAGUUUGCGCUCCGUGCAGAAACCUUGAAGUCUUGUUCACACUUGAUGAUUUCACUUGGAAGGGUAAAAAAGAAAAAUUGAGUUCGGAAUUAAGAAAAUCGAACGGAUUCUUAGUUUUUUGAGCUCUCUGGCGCGCGACAUGUAAUCUUUUAAUUUUAUCAUCCUAGGUAUGUAAACUUCUUCACAAUUCAGGAGAACAAUACUCGAAAAGCUUGCCCAAGAGUAUGCAGAUAUUGACGAAGAAGAGGAGAUCGAAAAGAAUAGCGCCAUAAUGUGGACGAAAAUAUGUGACGCGGUAAGUGAUAUGAAUACGGACGUUCUGGAGUCGGGAAAGUAACAUAACUUGUCUAUAACUCUGGAAAUGCAUCGUGAAUAUCCCAUAAUGUGGUCAUAGAAUACCGUUUAACUCUAUCUGAGCCAUAUCGGAGGUAGGAGAGUAUACCUCGAUUAUAUCUCAUUUUGCUCAAAUUUUUCAAAGGUAUAAUCGAGGUACCAUCGUUAGACUUCAUACUCUGCGAUAUACCUUAGGGGUUAUCGCAAUACCCUUUUUCGAUUAGCCUAUGACAGUUUUUCAAGGUUAUGCCAAACUCGCUGAAGGAGAAUUCAAAGAUCAUGCGACGCGUUUUGAAAUGUCUCAGUGACGCUGCCGACGAAAACGCUACUCUACUCGCUGUCAAAUACAUUGACGUCGACGUUCUUUGUCAAAAGUAAGUCUACGGUCGAUUCGCGACUGGCUUGAGCCAUCAGAAAAAGGGUCCUGUUACGAUAAAACAAAAAAUAAAACAGUGCCGAGUUGUUGCUAGCUUGGCUAAAAAUGUUGGUUUCGGCUUUAGAGUUCCCCGAGCAGUUUUUCAAGCAAGACUAACUUCUUGAAGAUUAUGAUCAGAAAUUUUUGUUCCUAAUAAAGGAUACUAUCGACCUCUGCUGCUUCGUACACUUUUCAAUAAAUUUUUAAAUGAUAGUCAAACAAAAUAUUCGACCCCAGCUGAAUUCAGAGUUAGUAAGCGACCUAGAAAAUUUGGGCGACGCUGAUUUUCUUCUGUUUCUCCAAGGCUCGCCGUCUGGGUGCAAUAUCCAAGUUGAAAUUUUUUCCCAAAAAGCAAAAAAGCGAAGAAAAACCUGGGCUACUGAGAAACAUAUCUCUUUUUCUCCCCUUAUUCCAUCAGACUAAUUUUUUUCAAUUAAAAAAUGAAUAACCUUUGAAAAAACUGUUAUCAUUUUAAGACUUCGCGACGCCUUCCUUGACGAUAUAGCAGAAAAAGUUGAAAGUCAAAGUUUUGCAUCAUCCGACAUCUAUGAAGACAUUCGGAAUAGUUAUAGUCGGCGCGACAUUGUAUUUUUUGCAAAGCUUCAACUUCAACUCACACUACGAGGUACAUCAUCUAUUCUCACACCAAAUUCUCCAACUUUUUAGAAAAACUUCAAAUAAUAUCGAAAAGUAUCAAAAGCAUGCAACGUAUAUCGUCAGUAGUAAGUUCAAACGUACUUUAUGAACCAAACAGGGGCUAAAAUUUGAGAAAACGAGAGUCUCAACAAAUGUUUUUCUCGAGGUUCUCAUCGGUUUUUGCCAAAAAAUUGAUGCCGAAUGGAAACCACCACUUUUCUUCCUGCGUUGGGUGAGUCGUUCUUCUUUGAUUGAAAAGAACGACCGAAACACAAGUAUAACCCAGUCGCCAUCGUGGGGGAGCCAUGAAACAAAAGGAUUUGGGUUUCUCCCCACAAUUUUUCAAAAUUUAAUCACCUGAACUCAACAAAAGUUUGAAAAUUCAAAUCAUCGAAAAUUUUUUCACUGAAAACAUAUUCCCAAAUUGUGUGCUAAAAAAACUUGAGUUUUUCUGUCAUUAAAAGCUUCAAUAGAGUUAUUGAGGCCUCAAAAGGUUAAACAUUCGACUUAAUCAAAAUAUGAUUUCUGGAGCUUCUUUUCAUGAUGAUGAUUAAUUGAUUUUCGGUAAGGCACACAAUUUGGGAAUAUGUUUUUCAGUGAAAACAUUUUCGAUGAUUUGAAUUUUCAAACUUUUGUUGAGUUGAGGUUGAUUAAAUUUUGAAAAAUUGCGGGGGAAACCCAAAUCCUUUUUUUUUCGUGGCUCCCCCACGAUGGCGACUGGGUUUCCCGAGUUUUGUUGGCAUCCGCAGGAUGCCUUUGAAUAUUUUCAUGUGCUGAAAGCGGAAAAAAUGUCUGAAGAAACGUGUCCAUGGAUCUAAACAAGAAAUCUAAAAUUUUGAACAUUUUUACUGUCCGAAAAAAACAUGUCCUAGUGAUUUACUACCUUCAAUUUUUUUCACAGCUCGAAACUUCUCAUUUUUACACUUUCCUAUAUAAUUUAUUUUCAAGAAAUCCUCUCUUCAUUAGGAUCUGAAUAUAGUUUUUAAAUACAGUUGGAACAAUUUCAAACGUUUUUCAACUGCGAACCUAAAACGAAGUCUUUUCCUCUCUGGGGUUUUUGAAAAUGGCCUUUUUUUUUAAAUUUUUUUAGUUAACCUAGAAUGGUGUAUUCCCCUUGUUAUGGUAACUGUAACGGAGACAAAAAACUUUGUUUCGACCAGAUACUUUGAUCUCGAAAAAAGUUAUGAGCGAAAAACCUCGAAAUUUCCAUCCCAGGGCAUACGAAAUUUUUCGGUUCCCGGACAGAAUUUUUUUGAGUGAAAAAAAUUUUUCUUUUGUUUCGAUCUGGAAAUGACCUAGUAGGUGUAAAAAUGUGCGCUGAUCACGAUUUGCUAGUUUCGAGCCAAAAGAACAAGAGAUAAAAAAAUUAUUCGGGAAUCUUACCCAAAAUUACUUUUUUUUUUUGGAAUUUUCGAGUCUUAGAUGGAAAAUUCGCCUAAUCUAUGUUUGGCUCAAUAGAUAGAGUAUUUCUUGUGAUUUUGAUAGAAGCGAGACAAAACGCCUGACUGCAACGUCAUAUACUGGUUUCGAUUUGUUUGAGAAAAAUCCUCGUAUAUGAGAAAUAAUGAGAAAGCAUGAGUGAUUCGAUUUUAAAAAAUUGCAUAAAAUUCUUUUGGACCUUGUGACCAACUUUGAUCAAGAUUCGUUGAUUUUUUGUCGAGAUAUAGAUUUUCGAAGCUUUUCACCGUAUACGUUUGAGCUACCGUAUCUCGAAAACUAGCCGAAUGGGGAUAUUCGGUUUUGUGUUUAAAAAAUCCUAAAAAUUGUGUUUUACAACAUGUUCGAUUAGGAGAAAAAGUUAACGAAACGCCCUUUUUUUCCAACCCAGCCUAAACCCCAAAUGGCGCAGAACAAGUCUGCGCCUAAAAAAAGGGUUUUUUCUCCUAAACUGCUAUAGAAACCACUUUUUCGCCACCUAAAAGGGCUGGUUUCUCCCCUACCCCCUACAGGGUCCGUUCUGGAAUUCCUAAAAAAAAGUCGAAGUCCUAUCCAUUACCCAAGUAAAUAGAAAAAAUUGUGGAAAAACUGAGUUAACAAAAAAAUUUCUUUAGAUGCGAAAUUCGAACGAUCUCUCUCGCUUUGAGCGGGAUUCCAUAAAUGAAGAGGUUUAUUCUCAGCAGUGGGAUAUGCGAACUGUCCGGCUUAUGCUUUUCGAGGCGUAUGUUUUUUUUUCUCUUAUAAUCUAUAAGAAUUAAUCAGGGAGGCAGAAAGGCCCAAUUCAAAAGUUACUGGAGCGAAUGAACCGCGAACAACCGCGCUGCAAGCAAAAUCGAACUGUUUUGAAGAUCGUCCCACAAAAAUGAAAGUCAGUUUUAUCAAGCGAAAUGCAACACAGUCUUCUCAACCCAAACAAAAAACAGUUCGAAAUGUCUUUUAAGCGCAUUCUUUAAUAAUCCGCAGUCGGCUCAGCUUGACAAUCGUUGAUAAUUAUGCCAACUACGCAUCCUGUCUUUGCCCAUUCUCCAGUCAUCUCUGAACUAAUUCAGAAGCGAGAAAGAGGAGUAAGCGAGUUGGCGGACUCAGGAGAAAAGAUGCAGGCCGAUGAGACGGUUCUUGCCGGCGGCGGCGGGAAUUGCAUUCCGAAAAAAAGACGAACGAUUACUUUUGCCGACCAACGUAAUAUCGAAGACUGCUUCGAAGAAAAUGUCACCAUGGAGGACACUACCUACAGGUUCUUAUUAGUUCGAAAAUUAUUUGAAACACUGUCGUUGAAUGAUAAAUCGAACUUCAGCUCACUACUGCUCUCGAUCCCGACACCCAGGAGUGCUAUCACACAGCCUGCAAUUGUCAAGCCGACUAUUCCAGCGGAUUCCACCGACUGGCUGUCCCUUCUCGGUUCAUAA